ACAAUCCUAUUCCUAAAGCUAUACUAUUGCUCAGAAUACAUGAUUUUGUCUUAAUUGUGAGGCUAUAUCUGAAAAGAGUGCUCCAAUCUCCUUUAAAUACCCCAGCCAUACCCAAUUAUAUCCUCAGUCUUUGGUUUUCCAUUGGGGAGGAAAUGGGUGCUCAAGUUUCAUCAUGUGGGUUUCUGGUCUGCCUGCUCUGUUUGCUUACCACCUUACUUCUGCAUGGAGGUUCAUCAGCACAAUUUGUGGGUAUAACAGGUGGAUCUUUGCCAGAGGAUGGAGCAGUGAGCAUGUCAGAUGGAGCAGUGAGCGUGUCAGAGGUUGAAAAUGGAAGAUUUUCAGAGAUGAAAGGGAAGAAUGUUAACAUAAAAGAUGAGAUCAAGAUAAAUGACGAAGAUGGAGAAAGGAUGCAUGAAAUGAUAGAUAUGGAUAGAGGGAGAGAGCUGAUUUUCAACAUAGAUUAUCAUGGACCAACUACUCAUCCCCCUGCUACUCCAGAGAAGAGGCCCCCUGGAACUGGACCUCAUUAGACACAAGGACUUAUAUAAAGUAUACUUAUUCUUAGCUUGCAGAAUGUUUAAGCAAAAGCUUAUAGUUAUUGCCAGCCAAAGUCUUAUGACUGAUAUAAGACUAUAUCUGCACAUAUUUUAAGUCUGAAUUAUGUAACUAUAAACAUGGAACAUAGUGAUUAUAAAAGUUUGUAGUUUCAUGGGCAUAUAGCUAUGUAAUCAAGUCAUGGUGUUGAUUACCAUGUUUAAUAUGUACUUGUUAUUAUUUCUUGUUUUGUUUUCAA